GUAAUCUGAUAUCGUUGGAUGCGAUUGCUUUAUAGGGUUAUAGCGUUUUUGCUUCUUUGUUUCUGCUAUUAGAAAGAGUAUUUUGUUAGUUUGCUUGGAAUUUUAAAUUGAUCAGUGGGGGCUGGAAAUGGUAGUGCUUUGAGUUGAUUUCGAUCUAGGGUUUCUGAUGGUAUGGUCAAUUUGGGGAAAAAUCGGAUCGGGUUGUCAAGUUUAUCUUGAUUAUUUUCUCUGAUGUUAAUUUCGUGGUAGAGGAUAUUAGGGAUUAAAUCUUUGAGGUUUUGCUGGGGAUUUUAUGUGUUUGGGGAAAUUUUUUUAAUGGAAACUUACGGUAUUGUGUGUCUUUCAAUAUUUGAUUUGUUGAAUUGAUAUUCUCUGAUACACUUGACUAUUGAGGAGAUAAUCUGAAAUUUCCUUUUAAUGGUGGAUUAGUUUGCUUCCAGAGCAUUGUGGAUAAUUUCUUUCUUGUUUCUAUGAUUUGAGGUUUUUAUUCUUUUUUGUUUUUUAUAUUAAAUGAUGGUUAUCAGAGCUCGUAGAUUAAAUACGUGCACGUGGACACGUAGAAAGGAAUUAAACUAUGAUGGCGAGAGGAAAUAUUGGGCGAAAGCGUAAGACCAAGAACAAGGUCGUGUUGCAAACAAAUGGUUCGGAUGAAUCUGAUGAAGAUUAUAGGGUGGAUGAGGAUGAGGAGGAGUUUGAUGUUUCAGAGGAUGAUUGUUCCUUUGCUGAGGAUGAAUCGGAGGAAAGUUUGGGAUUAGAGGAAGAGGAGGAGGAGGAUGAGUGGUCAUACAAGAAGGUUAAGAAAGUUGCAAAGACUGGAGGGAGGAAGGGUUGUCAGGUGAGAAAGAAAAAUCGUGUUACAAAGCGAAGAAAGAAGAAGGUUGUUUGUAGCACAGAAGAAGAAGACUAUGAUGAUGAAGGUGAUGAAGAUUAUGCUUAUGGUGCUAAGAGGCAAAGGAAGAAUAAGGUGUCGUACAAAGAAGAGGAUGAUGAUGAACCUGAGGCUCACCACGGACAAGAUGUCGAUGAAUUUGAUGGAAAUUUUAAAAACCAACAAUUUUCUUGUGGUAAAGAGAAUUUCGAAGAUUCUCAUAAGGGAAAUCCAAGGGAGAAAGAUGAUCUUUCGUAUGAGGAGGAAAAGGAAGAUGAUGAUGGUGAUGAUUCUUAUGAGGUUGAUGAUGAAGAUGAUGAUGAAUUUACUCCAAGUCAGGUUUUGAAGAGAACCAAAAGAAAUAAUGCUCAUAAACAGGUUUUGGGGAGAAAAAAGUCUAAGGUUUCUAAUGAGGUUAAAGACGAGAAUCCUAUUUCCCAGAAAAAGAAAACGAACAUGGGGGGAUGGGUUUGGGGAAGAAGGGGGAAACGGAAAUUAAAUGUGAAUUCUGACUCUGAUUUUGUGAGCUCGGGAUCAUCUGACUAUGAAUACACUGUCUCUGAAGAGGAGAGAGAGCAGGUUAAAGAGGCAGGUAAAUUUUGCACAAGGCUGACAACUCGACCGAGGAGUUCAAGACCUUUGAAGAAUGUCAAAAAUGAGGAAAAGAUGCCUUCAAAGGCGAAGCGCCUAGGAAAGAAAGGCAAGCAAAAGGAGGUAGAAACAAAAAUCGAGGUUGGGAAACAAGUUUGUGGGAUUUGUCUAUCUGAAGAAGGGAAGAAAACCGUAAGAGGAGUUUUAAAUUGUUGCAGUCAUUACUUUUGUUUUGCUUGCAUUAUGGAAUGGUCGAAGGUGGAAUCCCGGUGCCCCUUAUGCAAGCAAAGGUUUGGAACCAUUAGUAGAACUGCAAGAGGGGAGGGUGGACGUGAUCUACGGGGUGCAGUUUUUCCAGUUCCUGAACGUGAUCAGGUUUAUCAGCCUUCUGAAGAAGAGCUUAGGGGCUAUCUCGAUCCCUAUGAGAAUGUUCUUUGUACCGAAUGCCUACUGGGAGGGGACGAUGCACUGAUGCUUCUUUGUGAUCUCUGUGAUUCUCCUGCUCAUACAUAUUGCGUCGGUCUAGGCCGUGAAGUGCCUGAUGGAAAUUGGUACUGUGACGGCUGUAGGCCGACAGCUCUUGCUUCGUCAAAUUCUCAAGCUCUGAAUUCCUUCCCGGAUUACGGCGCUAAUAACAAUGUGUCUGCGGCUUCAUCUCCUGCCACUGCUGUCCGUGAAACUUUUGAUCUCAAUGAGGCAUAUGUUCCCGACACCCCUUUGAGUCAAGAGUCUGGUCAUCAUCAAUCACCUAGGAAUUUUUUCGGGCAUUUCCAGUCCCCUUUUUCUGGAUCUGGGGCAUUUACUUUGCUUGAAAGACGACGGAUACAGCGUCAGAUACAUCAGUUUCUUAACAACAGGCAACGGCAAUAUGACCGCAGUGUUGAUGCAGCAGCCCCGGUGCCGAGCAUCAAUCUUUUCGGUUCACCCAUUACUCCAGCAAGGACUGUGCCACAAAAUAUGUAUGUUCGGGAAAGGUCAACAGACUACAACUCACCUCCAUCGGUGUUUUCUCCAAGAUUAAGCAGGCUGAGGGGCGAACCGUUUUGUAAUCAAGCUUCGACAUCCACUGAGCAGUCUUCCGGGGGGUUGCUUCUAAAUGAAUUUAAUGGAAUCAAUGGAAGGAUUGGUAGUAGUUUGGGUCAUUCUCAAAUCCUUCCUUGCAGCGGUGCAUCAAACAGCGGGCCUACUUCUAGCACGCCGCCGUAUCAGUUUAGAGAGGCUGCUGUACCUUCAAGAACCUUGCAGCCUAAUCCGUGAUGAUUUCGAUGGUUGAAUUGGAGGUCAAUCCCUUUCUUCCUUCCCAUAAGUUCUGCUACAAUUGCUAACUCCACCAUGAUUGAACUUGAUUGGCACUCGGUCGGCUAUCCCACAGUUGUGUUAUUUCCUUUGGUCUUAGAUUGGAUUAGAUCAGAUCAGAUCAGAGGAGUUUCUUAAAUGAUGAAUAUGGACUUCACUAACUGAUUUCUGUGAUUUUGUUGUUAUUGGUAGAUGUUAUCGACUCUCUCCUGUGCUGCUUAUUAUUGGGUUUUGGAUUUAUUCAGCAAUUGUCAUGUCAUUAAAGGGCGGGUGGGGUCCUGCAACAUUGUAAGCCCGUUGUAGCAUGUUUGAUAUUUCUUGCAACAUUUUUUUUUUUUUAUUUAUUUUCUGGUUGUUCUUGGUUAGAGAAUAUCAACAAUCGAUUCUUGCCUGUAACUUGUAUUUAUUUAUUUAAGGAUGAUGAUGAUGGAACAUCAAUUGCAGGAACUCUUGUUUCUGCCGCUCUGCUCCUCUUUAUUUUCGAAACUUAACCUGAAAUAUAGUCGCUACAUUAUGGUCA